CACCAGGGAGGGGUCACCUGUCAAGAGCACUAUUCAAAACCAGGAACCAAGGUGUGGUCUGAGCUCCUUUAAGCUCAACAGUUUGGGGGCUCCUGGUGAAUCCCCAGAGAAGAGGCCAGAAGAGGAGGAUGGAAGGGGGGUGGCCUUUGGAGGGGGGAGUCCUCCUCUGCCUCACUGUCAGCCUUCUGCUUCCAGGAGGAGGCGAAGCUUUCACCAUCAAUUGCUCUGGCUUUGACCAGUAUGGGGUGGAUCCUGCUGCCUUCCAAGCAGUGUUUGACAGAAAGGCCUUCCGUCCAGUCGUCAACAACAGCAUUCCCACUCAAGUCAACAUCUCCUUCACCCUGUCUGCCAUCCUGGAAGUGAAUGCACAGCUCCAGCUUCUGACAUCAUUCCUGUGGAUGAAUUUGAUGUGGGACAAUCUUUUAAUCAGUUGGAACCCCGAAGAGUGCGUCAGCCUCAAAAGACUCACUGUCUCAGCUGAAAACCUGUGGAUCCCAGACAUCUUCAUCUUGGAAUCCAUGGAUGUGGAUCGAGCACCACCAGGUCUCACCGCCUUUGUCAACAGUGAAGGUCGAAUGAAGUACGACAGGCCAGUGCGGGUGACCAGCAUCUGUAACCUGGACAUCUUCUACUUUCCUUUCGACCAACAGAACUGCACGCUCACCUUCAGUUCCUUCCUCUACACAGUGGACAGCAUGCUACUGGGCAUGGACAAGGAGGUUUGGGAGAUAACAGAUACAUCUCGUAACCUCAUCCAGACCCAGGGAGAGUGGGAGCUCCUGGGCAUCAACAAGGCCACCCCAAAGAUGUUGGUCGGCAGCAACCUAUAUGACCAAAUCACGUUCUAUGUGGCCAUCAGGCGCAGGCCCAGCCUCUAUGUCAUAAACCUCCUGGUGCCCAGUGGCUUUCUGGUUGUUAUCGACGCCCUCAGCUUCUAUAUUCCGGCAGAAAGCGAGAAUCGUGCCCCAUUCAAGAUGACACUUCUGCUGGGCUACAACGUCUUCCUGCUCAUGAUGAAUGACUUACUCCCAGCCAGUGGCACCCCCCUCAUCAGUGUGUACUUUGCCCUGUGUCUGUCCCUAAUGGUGGUCAGCCUGCUAGAGACCAUCUUCAUCACCUACCUGCUGCACCUGGCCACCACCCAGCCCCCACCCAUGCCUCAGUGGCUCCACUCUCUGCUUCUCUACUGGGCCAGCCCAAGGAAAUGCUACCCCUUUGUGCCCCAGAAGGGAAAUAAGGGCCUGGGCCCCACCCCCAACCACCUGCCUGGCAUGAAGGAGCCCGUGGAGUUGGUGGGGAAGGUGGCAGGUCCCAGAGAAGCAGAGUUAACUGGGAGCCCCGAGUCAAGGAUCCAGGAGGAACAAGAGGCUCAGAGACAGCCCUUGGUCAACCUGUGGGUGCAGUUCAGCCACAUGAUGGACACCCUGCUCUUCCGCCUCUACCUGCUCUUCAUGGCCACCUCCGUGGUCACGGUCAUCGUCCUCUGGAACACCUAAGCAGAUAUCCACAUCCACUUCUCCCUGCAGACCACAGCUGCAGUUUCUCUUGGUGUUAGAGCCAGCCAGACCUGGGCCCCUUUUCUGAUCUUAGCCACUUAUCCCCAUUUAUAUUCCCCAUUUAUACUCCCCAAACUCCAACCCUAAGGAGCAGGUUCAGAACUGCCCCAAACAAAUUCCUGAUUUCUCAUAUGCCAUGGUUCUCAUUCCUAAACACUUUCAGUAUUCCUUAGCCACACCUAACUUCUGACUUAAAAAUGGAGGUCGGGGUCAGCAGAGUCUCUCCUUGAUUGAUUGUCCCAAGAAUCAGGAGGUUUCUUCAGGAGGUACUGGCUCCUCAGUACAUUUAGGGUAGGUCUACAAACACUGGAGCGAGAGUCUUCUUGCAGACACUCUGAUAGCUCACUCUAAACAACUGUAAUCUAAUGUGAUUUGAAGUCUUUCAGACACAUUUACAGAUUUUAAAAAAUGAAAAGGUCAAGUCUCAUUUGUAAGAAAUCACUGUAAAAUAUUUAUAAUUGCAAAAUGCUUCUUUCAUCAACCACUUUCAUUUCACUUGCCUUUACCUCUCUCAUUCCUGAAACUGUUCUUUGAAAUAAAUGAUAUAUUGUAUCUCUCCCCACCUCCAGAGUUCACAAAAUCAAACAGGGAGGGCCUUCUGAAUAUAUGCUUGGGGGCACCUGUGUGGCUCAGUUGGUUAAGCGUCUGACUCUUGACUUCCACUCAGAUCAUGAUCUCAGGGUCAUGAGAUUAAGCCCUGCUUGGGGCUUCACACUCAGCAGAGUCUGCUUGAGAUUCUCUUUCUCCCUCUGUCUCUGCCCCGCCCCCCACUUGCGCUCACUCACUUUCUUGCUCAAAUAAAUAAAUAAAAUCUGAUAUACAUGCUUAGAGGAGGCCUAGGAAGGCUGGUUAAGGACCUCAAUUAAAGGGCUCAAGUUAAACAAAUCAUCACAUAGCCAUACAAUUAGAUGAUUUGUAGCCAUUUAAAGUAAGACUAUAGAUCAAAGUUAAUACCAUGGAAACAACAGGUCCCUGACAUAUAAAGUGGAAAAAACAAGUUACAAAACAGUUUUUAUAUGUUAAGUUCUGUUUGAAAAGAAAGAAAGAAAGAAAGAAAUUAAAGAAAAACAGGGCUUGAGAGAAGUGCAGAGAAAAAAGUGCAGAUGGCUAGAGACCAGAACAUAAGCAAACUUUGUCCUGGAUAAUGGGAUGAGAAAUGAUUACCCUUUUCUUUUAUAUCUUCACCUGUGUUUUCUUAGUUGUUUUCAAUGAACAUGUAUUAUGUUUACUAUCAAAAACCCCCUAGUUUUUAAAGUGUUCCUAAUCAAUAGUACUUUACACCUUCCUGGGUAGAUAUGAUCUUGGGAAGGAUUCUAACAGCUGGCCCUCAGGAACUGAAAAGGGAAGAAAAAGAAGACCAAAGACAAAUUUCUGAAUUAUACUUCAAUUAGGUGAAUACAUUUCAGAGAUUUAUUUAUAUUUCUGUCUCCACUAAGAGAGUAUAGAUCUUCGUGUAGAUCAGGUACAAUGUCUCAUUCAUUUUUAUAACUCAGUAUAUGGUAAUAAUCCUGAUAUACCAUGGGUCCUUAAUACAGACUCACUGAGUGAUUAAAUGUAUGCAUUAAUGCCAGCCAACCAAGAAUCCGUAUUUUACUCUCCCUAGUUAAAAUCCCUUUAGCCCAUCCUGGUAUAUUUUAUUUUAUUUUUCCAUGUCUCAUAUGGAAAAUUAGCAACCCAUUUUUAUAAAUCAACUUUGCCUUUGAGUUCUUAAAGAUGUUAAUUAUAUACCAACAGGCAUUUCUGCUUGCACAUUCUCAUGUGUUUCUUUCCAUUACUCAGAACAUAUUUCUCAUGCAGAAACCUGUCCUUGACUUUUGCCAAUAGCAUACAGUGAAGAGUGUUUACCACAUCUUUCAGGAAUUUCAAAUUUCUUAACAUCACUUUUGCAUCAUUUCUUUUCCCUUUCCCAUCUCCACAUUUAUAUUUCUCUAGAUGUCAUUUUCUAAUUUUUUUUCCACCUGUUGACAGGUGGCUUUGGGUUUUCUGUGUCAAGACCAUUAUAACUGACAAUAUCCUUUGCAAAAGAACAUCCUGUUCAUAUGUUAGGGUUGAGGUGAGCCUUGUGGUCUGAAAUAUGACCUAAAAACAAAGCAAAACAUUUUAAGGCAGUACUAGCUUAGACAUGUCAUCAGGAACAAUAGGAGUAUUUCACAGCUUCGGAGCAGGUGCUUCUGGUUCCUGCCAUCCUUCUCCCAUUUAAAAGAUAUAUAUAAAUAGUAGCCCUUGUGAUAAUAACUUUAUUUUCUUUCCCUCCAGUUUCUAUUAUAAACCUCUGUUAAGAAUGUGUUUUGGGGGGCGCCUGGGUGGCUCAGUGGGUUAAGCCUCUGCCUUCGGCUCAGGUCAUGAUCGCAGGGUCCUGGGAUCGAGUCCCGCAUCAGGCUCUCUGCUCGGCAGGGAGCCUGCUUCCUCCUCUCUCUCUCUGCCUGCCUCUCUCCCUACUUGUGAUCUCUC